UGAGGGGUGGUGUCGUCGCCUAGCUUGGAAUGGCAAUGCGCGUAGCAACCACGCAGCGCUCCACCCUUUCCAUAUCGAUGCCGCGGCAAAGCAUCCGACGCGAGCUGCCUGCUAUACGUACAUUACUACCAGACGUGAGCUCGCGCUGGUCCUUUCCUUGGUGACUAGACUAGUUCGUUCCAGCGCCGCGAGACUCUCCUCGGCUCCUCCUCCUAGUCUCCACCACUGCCAUCCCGGAGCUGCCAACUCCCAUGGCGCUCUCCCGCCGCCUUCUCCUCUUCCUCUCCCUCGUCGCCAUCACGGCGGUCACCGGCACCUCCGAGAUCAUCGUGACCAGGUGCUACCCGCCGCCGACGCCCACUGUCAACGGCAGCACCAGCGCGUUCCGGCGCGAUCUCCUCUCGCUGCUCGACGCCGUCCCCUCGGCCACCGCGCGGACGGGCUUCGCCUCCAUGCGGACCGGCGGCGCGUUCGCCCGCGGCCUCUGCUUCGGCGACCCCGCGCCAGACCCGUGCUUCCGCUGCCUGUCUGACGCCGGCGGGAAGAUCACCGACCUGUGCGGACACGCCAACCGGCGCGCGGGCUUCCUGACCGACGGCUGCUUCCUGGGCUACUCCGACGCCAACGCGUCCUCCGCCGGCGCGGACGACGACGACAUCAGUGGCGUGACAUUCUCCGGCGACGCCGUCCCACGCAUCGACAACGUCGACGUGCUGAAGCUCGUUGCCGUGGCGCGGUCCCUGGUCCCGCGGUCCGCGAACGGCCAGGUGGCCGCCGCCGACGCGACUGCCACGGCGAGCAACGGCUACACGGUGCGCAUGCUGGCACAGUGCGCGACGGACAGCGCCCCGGCGGAGUGCGCCCGGUGCCUGCGGGAUUCGUCGCUGCAGAUGGCCAAGAGCUGGAGUCUCACGCUCACCGCCGGCGUCGACGUGCAAGGAAGCGUGGCCGCGGUUCUCGGCCCGAACUGCUACCUCCGCUUCGAGAUAUCGGCACCGCCGCUGCCCGUGAGAGAGAAGAUUCGGAGGAUCGUAAAGGAUAACCUCGUCCUGACUGUGUGCAUUGGCUUCAUCGUCGCCGGGGUUAUCAUCCUGCUGCUAGUUCAUGUCUGCCGCCUGGUGACGAGGAAGCUCGGGAAUGCUGCAGCCGCACCAGCGGCAGAAGGGAAGCCAUGAUCUGACCGGUAAGAAGGAAGAAGACCGAAUAAAAGCAAGGAACCAUCUACAGGACAUGAGAGGGCUCGGGCGUUACCAACUUCCUGCAGGAACACAUAGCUAGCUAGGGUAGUGUUGAACUGUUAUGUUGGUCUGUCAUAUGCAUUUGGAUGCUUGGUACUCCAUUUUACUACUGCUCUGUUCCGUGAUCUUCCACUAAUCUUCUUCGUGAUUGUGGAGCGAUCCCGGUCGUUUGGCGCGAUCCUAUGUGUGUGUGGAAACCUAAUGCUGAUCUUUAUAAGAUCUUUAGCAGA